AGGGGGGUCGGGAGUUGUAGGCGAUGGGCGUGGCUGCGGCGGGGCGGUGCACGCCGGGAGUUGUAGUUCGCGGGCGAGGCCGUUGGCGGCCCCCAAGCGGAGCUCGGGCUUCACCCGGAUGGCGGCUGCCACGCGCGGCUGCCGGCCCUGGGGCGCACUCCUCGGGCUGCUGGGACUGGUCUCGGCCGCGGCCGCCGCCUGGGAACUGGCUUCGCUGCGCUGCAACUUCGGAGCUUUCUGCGAAUGCGACUUCCAGCCCGACCUACCGGGACUGGAGUGUGACCUGGCCCAGCACCUGGCCGGCCAGCAUCUGGCCAAGGCACUGGUGGUGAAGGCACUGAAGGCCUUUGUGCAGGACCCGGCCCCCACCAAGCCUCUGGUCCUGUCCCUGCACGGCUGGACCGGCACCGGCAAGUCCUACGUCAGCUCCCUGCUGGCGCACUACCUCUUCCGGGGCGGCCUGCGCAGUCCCCGCGUGCACCACUUUUCCCCCGUCAUCCACUUCCCGCAUCCCAGCCACAUCGAGCGCUACAAGAAGGAUCUUAAGAGCUGGGUCCAGGGGAACCUCACUGCCUGCAGCCGCUCGCUCUUCCUCUUUGAUGAGAUGGACAAGAUGCCCCCAGGCCUGAUGGAAGUCCUGAGACCUUUCCUGGGCUCCUCCUGGGUCGUGUACGGGACCAACUAUCGCAAAGCCAUCUUCAUCUUCAUCAGCAACACUGGUGGUGAGCAGAUCAACCAGGUGGCAUUGGAGGCGUGGCACAGCCACCGGGACCGCGAGGAGAUCCGCCUGCAGGAGCUAGAGCCGGUCAUCUCCCGGGCUGUGCUGGACAACCCGAACCAUGGCUUCUGGCACUCGGGCAUCAUGGAGGAGCACCUCCUGGACGUGGUGGUGCCCUUCCUCCCGCUGCAGCGGCACCACGUACGGCACUGUGUGCUCAAUGAGCUGGCCCAGCUGGGCCUGGAGCCGAAGGACGAGGUUGUCCAGGCCGUGUUGGACAGCACCACCUUCUUCCCUGAGCACGAGCAGCUCUUCUCCUCCAACGGCUGCAAGACUGUGGCUUCCCGGAUCGCCUUCUUCCUCUGACUCCCUGGGUGGCAUUCUUGCCGUCCUCUACUGGCCAGGCAUACAGGAAAGGCCUGGAGCCUCUGUCAGAGGGACCCUUGUCCCAAGCCUCCUGGACCGUGGGACCCAGAGCACAAAGUGAAGAUGAAGAGGGCUAUUGCCCAGCCCAGGGCACAGAGGGCCAGGAAGGGCCCUGGCCUCUUAACUGCUUUGAGGGCAUCUUGGCCUUUGCUGUCCUCCCCAGGGAAACCCCUGGUCACCCCAGAACCUCACUGAGCCUUGACCUCCCCUCCCCAAGCCUGAGCCUCCUUACUGUGAAUCGUAACUCAGGGACUGCAGCUCGUGGCGGCUACCUCCCUCCUUGGUCUGUUACGCUGGCCCCUUGCUCAGGUGCGUGCCCCUCCCCUCGACCCACACGCUGUGUCUGGCUGGGACUUCUCAAUUUCUAUGAGUGGAGGGACUCAAGCUGCCAGCUGGGCCUGGUUUUUGAAGUUUUUAAUUUUGUAAAAGAGAACAAGUAAAAUAAACUUAGCCAUGGGACCAGAG